GUAGUAUAAAAGGCAAAUUAUUAAACCACCAGAACAUCACAUCACUUACAACAGACAACUAGAAAAGAACAACGACACCAGAAGCAGAGUUAGCAAAAAAAUCAUUAACAUGGCCAAGUUUUACACAACUAUUGCAAUUAUUGCCAUUGCUUUGGCUUUGGUAGCGGCUGAACCUCCACGCUUCAGACAAUCGAAACGUUUCGGCAGCUUGAAAACACAAAACAAUAGGAAAUUUUUGGCUCGCCAAGAACAGGCUCCAGAGGCAGCACCUUCUCCGGCACCAUACCCACCAGCUGGUGUGACUCCAGAAAUUCCCUUUGAUUUACCAACCGAAACUGAAGCACCUGUUGCUGAACCCGCUGAAACCUACGGUCCACCAGAGCCAACACCCGAUCAAACUUAUGGUCCACCAGAACAAACACCCGAUGAAACCUACGGUCCACCAGAGCCAACACCUGAUCAAACUUAUGGCCCACCCGAAGCCGAAGACGUUCCAGCAAUAACUGAGCCCGAUAAUACCUAUGGCCCACCCACAACCGAUGACCAACCUGCCAUCGAAGAGCCAGAAGCCGAAGAAAUUCCCCAAUCGGAAGGUAAUUUAGUUUCCGAAAAUCUUAUUCAACCCAGAAAUAAGAAUAUUCGUGCUCGUUCACGAUCUGCACCAAUUCGCUCCCGUGUUCCCGCUAAACGCUCACGUUCUGCUGCUUUGCGCCAGCGCAGUGCACCUGUGCAACCACGUUUUAAUACUGUGGAAAUUAUACAUUCAGAACCAGUUCUCAUUUACACUUUACAUUAGAAAAAGUGUUGUAACAUUUAAUUUACAUUCAAACAAUUGCAGAACCAAAUAUUACGAGUAUCCCUAUUAAUUACGAAUUGUUAAGUUUUCAGUGUAUGUUAUAUUUUUAUAAAUAAAAACAAAAAGAAUAUUAAAAAUUUA